UUCACGUGAAAGGGGGUCUGGGAUGGCGUCCCGAGAAAGGCGAGGUGGCCGGAAAGUUAAAGGGAGCAGCGCGACGGCGGGUAGCCAGAGUCUGGGGUAGCCGGCAGCAGGGAGGAGGCGAGCGGGAUGCUCUUGCGCACGGACGGAUGCGGCUGCCCGCGGAGGGAGCGGACCUGAGUCCCGGCCCCCGCUCCUGCUGUGACCCCCGCUGCCCCUGCUACCCCCGCGCGCAUGCUGCCGCCGGCUCGUGCCUCUGCACCUCCUGCCUUAUGAGCUGUACCAGGGUUCUAGCCUGUUCAUCUAACCCAAUGAUGGCUGUGGACAUAGAGUACAGGUACAGCUGCAUGGCUCCUUCCUUGCGUAAAGAGAGGUUCACCUUCAAGAUCUCAUCAAAGCCAAGCAAACCUCUGAGGCCUUGUAUCCAGUUGAGCGGCAAGAAUGAAGCCAGUGGAGUGGUGGCCCCAACCGUCCAGGAGAAAAAGGUGAAAAAGCGAGUGUCCUUCGCAGACAACCAGGGACUGGCCCUGACAAUGGUCAAAGUGUUCUCAGAAUUUGAUGACCCGUUAGAUAUUCCAUUUAACAUCACUAAGCUCCUAGACAACAUUGUGAGUUUGACGACAGCAGAGAGCGAGAGCUUUGUUUUGGAUUUUUCUCAGCCUUCUGCAGAUUACUUAGACUUUAGAAAUCGGCUUCAGACCGACCACGUCUGCCUUGAAAACUGUGUACUGAAGGACAAAGCAAUUGCAGGCACAGUGAAGGUGCAGAACCUUGCGUUUGAGAAGACGGUGAAAAUAAGAAUGACAUUUGACACUUGGAAAAGCUUCACAGACUUUCCCUGUUGGUAUGUGAAGGACACGUACUCUAGUUCAGACAGGGACACAUUCUCCUUUGAUGUUCGCUUACCUGAGAAAAUUCAAUCUUAUGAAAGAAUGGAGUUUGCUGUGUGCUAUGAGUGCAACGGACAGACGUACUGGGACAGCAACAAAGGCAAAAACUACCGGAUCAUCCGGGCUGAGUUAAUAUCUACUCAGGGAACAGGUGAAUCACAAAACGGACCAGAUUUUGGAAUAUCCUUUGACCAGUUUGGAAGCCCUCGGUGUUCCUACGGUCUGUUUCCGGAGUGGCCUAGUUAUCUAGGAUACGAAAAGCUAGGUCCCUACUAUUAGUGACUGCAUGUGAUGGAGCACGGCUGAGUGGGUGCAGACAGGCCUAGCUGUAGUCACAAUGGGAUGAAGAUGGAAGCCAAGAGAAUCGCCGAACUGCCAUCAGGCACAGCUUUUGAAAAGAAGGGAUCCUAUUCACUUUUUUCUUAAACAAGCAAAUCCAGCCAGGCUUCAAUCACAGAACUGGUUUCACACUCAGAGUGGCUCUGCUGUGUGGGUCUGUUUGGCACUUGUGGCGGCCACAGGGCCUGAACGGGAUGGCGGCAGAAAGGGUCUGCACAGGAACCAGGCCUGCAGGCUGUGCUGGCGAUGCCGAAGGGUGGUGGCUUGACAGCGACACAAUCGGAAGGGUGCCUGGGCUGUCUGGAGGAGCCACUCCUCUUCCCUUGAAUGUCACUCCAUCCCCAACCACCUUGCACUGGACCCUUGCUCUUCACCUUUGGGUGUUCUCCACCCAGCCAGGCCCUUCCUGCCUGUUGCUGCUGUUCCAUGUCUACACGUACUUCCUACUUUAUCUCUGUGCAUUUUUUUUGCGUUUUUCUUCGACAGUUCAUCUGAUGUUCAGGAAAAG